AUGGAUGUGCAUCUGGCAGUCAUUAAGGAUGCAGUGGAAGCGGCCAAGGACUACCUCCUAGAGGCACGCUAUCACAAGAACAUGCUCCGGUUCCUGUGCUGUGAAAUGGAAAAGGUGGCAGAUCUGCUUCCUCAGUUGCCAAAAGAUGCUUCACAGGAGUUCUUGGUCGUGCUGAAAGAUGAAAUGGAAAAGGGGUCACUCCUGAUCAGCAGACAUGGCAGGCGUUUCGAUCUGCGUGGUUUCUACAAGGUGUGUAGACAGGCAAAUCCCGGAUACAGAGAGAAAGGAACUGGAGGAGCAGGUGGCUAG